AUGCAAGCCUUCGUGCUCCUUGCAGCUCUGCUGCCGUUGGCCGCCGCCUUCGUCCUUCCCGAAUCCUCACUCCCCCAUCCAGAAAACCGUGACGUCUUCACCAUUCCCUACAACGACGCGACCGCCCGUAAGCAGAUUCUGUUCGCCGCCGGUGCCGCGUACGGUACUCAACCACAAAAGUGUCUGGACAAGGUGUUCACCGGGGCGACCGUCCGACGUGUUGUCGAGGCUCGUUGCGACGUGAAUCCAGCUGACAAGUGUCUCGGAUACACUGCAGUCAGUCCGAAUGACAAGGCGAUUAUUGUGGUGUUCCGUGGUACCAAUAACAAUGUGCAACUCAUUUUGGAGGGUCUCGAGACUGUCUUCGAGUAUCAUACACCAUGGGCCGCCGGCGGUGUCGUCUCCCAAUACUUCAACGACGGAUUCUUAAACAUUUGGAAUGCGGGACUUAAGGAUGACUUCAACGCGCUGGCUGCCAAGUAUCCAGGAUACCAAGUUUGGGUAACAGGACACUCUCUCGGAGGUGCCAUGGCCUCUCUCGCCGCCUCCUACAUCACUUACAACAAGUUGUACGACGCCUCCAAACUCCAACUCGUCACCUACGGUCAGCCACGUGUCGGAGACGCCGCCUAUGCACACGCCGUCGAUCGUGACGUCACCAAUAAGUUCCGUGUGACACAUGCUCACGACCCGGUGCCACAUCUUCCAAAAGAGAAUAUGCAAGGGUUCACUCAUCACAAAGCAGAGGUGUUCUACAAGGAGAAAAUGACCAAAUACAACAUUUGUGACGAUGUCGAUGAGAGCGAGUUCUGCUCCAAUGGACAAAUCAUUCCAGACACUUCUAUCAAGGACCAUCUCAACUAUUUCGAAAUCAAUGUCAGCGAUUUGGGAUACUCGAACUGUGCUAAUGUUAAGGCUUAA